UGCUGUCCUAUAUCAGCGACAGCCAGCAUUUCUGCAGUCAUCUCCAGCCAUGGCUCCGAGUGAACGCUGUCUCCUCCACCACCGGCAGAGCACAACACCCAGAGGAAAGUGUGGCUUUUGAGCUGUUCAUAAUGAAAAGAGGAAGGACAGGUCUCAAUUCAAAGUGCCAACACUUCCUCUCCCAUGAGGAGAGGGCUAAGAGACAGAAACGGGGGAUGUCCAGCUUCACCCUGACCUCAGCAGAGGACUGGGGUAACCUGCCCCACCACGUCGUCCUGCAAAUCUUCCAGCAUCUGUCACUGGUAGACCGGGCCAGGGCCUCGUCUGUGUGCCGCGGCUGGAAUGACGUCUUUCACACCCCUGAUCUGUGGAGGAGGUUUGAGUUUGAGCUCAAUCAGUCGGCGACAUCCUACCUACGCUCUACUCACCCUGACCUCAUUCAGCAGAUUAUCAAAAAGCACGCCCAGCACCUGCAGUAUGUCAGCUUCAAGGUGGACAGCUGCACAGAAUCUGCAGAGGCAGCCUGUGACAUUCUCUCUCAGCUGGUGAACUGUACCAUUAAGACCCUGGGGCUGAUUUCCACAGCGCGGCCCAGCUUCAUGGAUGUGUCUCAGGCCCACUUUGUGUCGGCACUGACAGUCGUGUUUGUCAACUCCAAGUCCCUCUCCUCCAUCAAGAUUGAUGAUACGCCAGUGGACGACCCGUCCCUGAAGGUGCUGGUUGCCAACAACAGUGACACCCUGAAGUUGCUGAAGAUGAGCAGCUGUCCUCAUGUCUCCCCAGCAGGUAUCUUGUGUGUUGCAGACCAGUGCCAUGGACUCAGGGAGCUGGCGUUAAACUACCAUCUCCUGAGUGAUGAGCUCCUGCUCGCCCUCUCCUCUGAAAAGCACGUCCACUUGGAGCACCUGCGCAUUGACGUGGUGAGCGAAAACCCCGGGCAGACGCACUUUCACACCAUCAAAAGGAGCAGCUGGGAGGCUUUGGUCCGACACUCACCCAAGGUCAACAUCGUGAUGUACUUCUUCCUGUAUGAGGAGGAGUUUGAGCCCUUCUUCCGCGAGGAGACUCCCGUCACCCACCUGUACUUUGGCCGGGCAGUUAGCAAAGAGAUGCUGGGACGCAUAGGGCUGAACUGCCCUCGACUGGUGGAGCUGGUGGUGUGCGCCAACGGCCUUCAGCCCUUGGAUGAGGAGCUGAUCCGCAUUGUUGAACGCUGCAAAAACUUGACUGCCAUCGGGCUAGGCGAGUGUGAAGUGACCUGCAGUGGCUUUGUGGAGUUUGUGAAGAUGUGCGGGGGCAGGCUGACUCAGCUGUCAAUCAUGGAGGAGGUGUUGAUCCCAGACAGCAGCUACAACAUGGAGCAGAUCCACAGUGAGGUGUCCAAGCACCUCGGUCGUAUGUGGUUCCCUGAUAUGAUGCCCACCUGGUAGGCUGAUAUGAAGCCAGGGUGGCUUCAUAUCAGCACGUGACUUUCACUGACUUCAGUACAUGACUUUUAUGGACAGUUACUGUAUGGAUGUGCAUCCACAGUUACACAUUUUAUUGUUGAACUGAUGUCUCAGCCUGCAGUGUGAUGCUCUCAGAUGAGAGACAGUUUCUCUGUCAUCAGUGAUCUCUCAUUUCUAAAGCUUCUAAAGCACUUGUAUUUUUACCUGCAGUAAAUUUAAUUUAAGACUGAAAAUGUUUCCCUCUUUAAAACAUUUGCAGACUGAUUUCUGUCUGGCUAUCUUGUGAGCAGUCAGCUUUCUUUCUAUGCAUCGAUACUGUGAUGUGAAAUCUUAGAUGCACUAGGCUCUUUCAGUCUAUGAAUUAUGGUCUGAAGUUACAGUUGCUCACUGCAACCUUUCAAUCAGUAUGUGUUAAGGAUGUGGGUCUGCCAUCUGCUGGUUGCUUUUGUUACAAGCAUCACACUUCAGAAUUUAUCUUGAACAGCAUCUGUGAUAAUAUCAUCAGUGAAUAUUGUUUAAUGAAUUCCAUGUUAUUUUGUGGUGAAAUGUUGUUCUUUACUUUAUGGCUUCAUCCCUUUAAGUCUCAAAUCACUUCAUCUACUCAUCCUUAAAGGGACAGUUCACCUAAAAAUCAAAAAUACAUAUUUUUACUCUUACC